AUGCCUACUAGCUCCCCUCUUCGUGGCGAGGAAAAAUACCUAUUUUUGGGUAAAAUAUGUGAGCGAAUACAAAUGCUUUUGAUAUAAAAAUAUUUUGCUAUAUAAGCGAUUAUUUUUAUAAUGAAAUCUCUAGCUAAUUCUGCUGAAAUUUAAACAGUGCCAUCUAUGGGAAAAUUCUAUAUAAAUUUUAGAAGUUAAAAUGAUGAAAAAUUUAUAUCGGAUUUUUAAAAAAAAAGCCCCUUAAGCGAAACUAAAUUGUUUUGUUCGCUCAGGAGAGUAAGGAUGCAGAAGUGGAGACAGAAGAAAAAGUGCCAAUAGUUAUAUUCAGGUCGAAAUCAGAUUUUAAAUUUAAAGAAAAUGAGAAUAUUAAUUGUCAAGUCCCGAUUUCUGUUCACAUUUCUUCUGUAAAUUUAGAAAAUAACACUUUUUCGACCGGAACUCAAAUUCGUAAUUCAGCAGUUUUUCUUGAAGGAAAACGACUGCGAAGUUUCCAAUGAUGGAUUUUUUUUACCAUUGGCAUUUAAUUAAAAGAAAAUCUUUAGCAUGAUUUGAUCGAAUAUUUAUUCUGAUAUUUGAUAGUGAAAAGUAAUUAAUUUUGAGGAAAAAUUCGAUUAAUAACGAAAAACUUUAACCAAAAAUCUUUUGGUACCAAUGAUCAGCGAAUUCAAGCCCAAUUAAAUCUUCAGCAUUCCACACAAAACGGUCAUCAAGACUAAUGAGUGCUAAAAGUGAAAGCUCUCCGCAGAUCACUGGGUCAGUUGUGAAUUUAAAUGAUAGGAUUAUUGGAGAUCAGCCUAUAAAAAGGACUGUUGAAGCUUUCCAGUUCCCUGUCCAUAUAGGAAAUGACCUUAGAAAAAGAGAUGGAGAAUUCAAAAAAAGUGUAAAUAGAAAUGCGAUCAGAAACAGACAAUUGGGAUAUUUAAGAAAAAGCCUGACAAGGGUAGGCACUGCAGAAGCUAGGAAAAGGCUUGUGAUUAAACUUUAUAAUAACCCUGCAAAUGUAUAG